GUCCAUGAUAUAACAUUACCUUCGUUCUUGAAGAGCCAGAUAUUAUUGGUGUUGUUAUUGGCGUUUAUGUUUAUACUCGUAUUGAUCGACUGUCCCGCUCAACGUACAUCUGUCCCACAGGCCCUAGCCCAGAGCCCCUUAUGAUGUCUUCCUCCGUCUUUGAGAUAAGAGAGCAUACACUAGAAUGCCAACAUAUCCGAGAGUAUGCUCGUGCUACAACACGAUCUCAAGAGGACGUGUUGUACCUUGCAAUCAAGCAAUAUAUACCCUUGGAUAAUCUGCAUCCGCAAGCAGGAGACGUCACAAUUAUCGGGGCCCACGCCAAUGGCUUCCCCAAGGAACUGUACGAACCCUUAUGGGAAGAUAUCCAUGCCCGUUCAAAAAGCAAUGGUUUCAGGAUACGCAGUAUCUGGAUCGCGGACAUAGCCCAGGAAGGGGCCAGUGGUGUCUUGAACGAGCAGCUUUUGGGCGACGACCCCUCGUGGAUGGAUCAUCCUCGAGAUCUACUUCACAUGAUUAAUCAUUUCCGAUCAGAAAUGCCCAUGCCAAUCGUGGGAAUUGGACAUUCGCUCGGCGGUAACAUGCUGGUGAACCUAUCACUUAUGCAUCCAAGGCUGCUCUCAACAUUAGUCCUUUUGGAUCCCGUCAUUCAGCAUCACCCAUCAGCACCCGCAGGACCAAGCCCCACGCAGCAAUCAACCUUCCGACGAGAUCAUUGGCCAUCUCGAGCUGAAGCCGAAGCUGCUUUCCGCAAACAGAAGUUUUACCAGUCAUGGGACCCGAGAGUGUUUGACCGCUGGUGCAAGUAUGGAAUUAGAGAGACACCCACGGCUCUAUACCCAGGCGAACACGGAUCCGUGACUUUGACUACGACAAAACACCAAGAAGUUUUCACAUUCGCAAGACCAAGUUGGCCCGCCAUGAACGAAGAUGGCUCAAAAAUUGUUCACCGUGAAAUGGUGCCAGACCUGAAUCCAAACGGUCUCGUAGUAUUUCCAUUCUAUCGACCAGAACCGCCAAAUACACUUGCAAGACUCAGUGAAUUACGACCUAGCGUACUUUAUAUAUUUGGGGAGACGAGCCCCAUGUCUACUCCUGAUGCUCGUAAGAUCAAAAUGAGUACUACAGGGACUGGGCUUGGAGGUAGCGGAGGGGCGAAGGAGGGCAGGGUGAAGGAAGUGGUGCUGAAAGGGAUUGGUCAUCUUGUAGCUAUGGAGGCAAGCGAUCAAUGUGCUGACGCUGCAGCUCCUUGGUUCGGUCAGGAGAUACAAAGAUUCCAUGCGGAAAUGAGGAGUUACUUGGAAUGGACGAAGAAGAGUCUGAUAGAGAAGUCGACUGUGUCACAAGAAUGGCAAAAGCGGGUAGGCGGCCCCCCGAGACGACCCAAGGGCAAAUUAUAAUCGGGCAGAGGAUAGAUACCAUAGAUUAUUAUUGCCAUAUAUCCCCGACACUGUCCGUUCCGUCCCUGUCUAUAGCAUGAUCAUCUCAUUUCAUCACGAUUUGGCGUUUCGUUGUCACGCCCAUCACGAUGGUCUAGAAUUCUUCAUCUGGAGGGACCCAAAGGAGUAUUCCGUCCUUAUCGAUCUUCAUUCCC